AUGAAGGGGGACACGGGAAAGCAGGAGGAGGGGGAGGAAGGGGACUGGGGAAAGCUGGAGGAGGAGGAAGGGGACGGGAGAAAGCAGGAGGAGGAAAGGUACGGGGAAAGCAGGAGGAGGAAGGGGAUGGGGGAAAGCAGGAGGAGUAAGGGGACAGGGGAAAGUAGGAGGAGGAAGGGGAUGGGGGAAAGCAGGAGGAGGAAGGGGACGGGGAAAGCAGGAGGAAGAAGGGGACGGGGGAAAGCAGGAGGAGGAGGAAGGGGAUGGGGGAAAGCAGGAGGAGGAAGGGGACGGGGGAAAGCAGGAGGAGGAGGAGGAAGGGGACGGGGAAAAGCAGGAGGAGGAAGGGGACACGGGAAAGCAGGAGGAGGAAGGGGAUGGGGGAAAGCAGGAGGAGGAGGAGGAAGGGGACGGGGAAAGCAGGAAGAGGAGGAGGAAGGGGACGGGGGAAAGCAGGAGGAGGAGGAGGAAGGGGAUGGGGGAAAGCAGGAAGAGGAGGAGGAAGGGGAUGGGGGAAAGCAGGAGGAGGAAGGGGACGGGGGAAAGCAGGAGGAGGAGGAGGAAGGGGAUGGGGGAAAGCAGGAAGAGGAGGAGGAAGGGGAUGGGGGAAAGCAGGAAGAGGAGGAGGAAGGGGAUGGGGGAAAGCAGGAGGAGGAGGAGGAAGGGGAUGGGGGAAAGCAGGAGGAGGAGGAAGGGGAAGAAUGA